CCAAAUUCCCGCCCUUGCAAAACGAAAUACUUCGAAAAAAAUUUGGGUGAAGUAACCACUCACGAGAACUAGGGUUUAUUUCUCUGCCCUUAACACAAAAAACCAACAUUUACCCCCAAAUCUCCCAUCAGUUUCAUCUUCAAUUGCCGCUCUCUCACCAGAAAACCCUAGAUUUCUCAAACGAAUUCUUCAAUGGCCGGCCAAUCCGAUCCCGAUCUCUCCAUUUUCUCAGCCCCAGAGGUAGAGUUCCUUGCAGAGGAUGAGAUGAUAGAAAUUGUUCCCAAUAUUAGAAUGGAAGCCCUAAACAUGAUCUGCGGGGAUUACGGUCCCUUUUUCCCGCAAAUUGCGACCAGGGUGCCGCUUUGGCUUGCUGUGGCUCUGAGGAAACGUGGCAAAUGCACGAUUAGAUCACCAGAGUGGAUGUCAGUGGAGAGGUUGACACAGGUAUUGGAAUCAGAAAGAGAAUCUCCUAGAGAAUUUCAGCCCUUGCCAUUUCACUAUAUUGAAAUCUCACGGCUUUUAUUUGACCAUGCCCAUGAUGAUAUUCAGAAUAUAUACAUGGUGCGGUCUUUAAUUGAGGACAUCAGGGAUGUUAGGUUCCAUAAGGUUGAAACUGGUUUGGAGACAAUAGCUGGUAGGACGCAUGCAGUCAAGCUGAAAAAUCUAUCUGCCAUGGAAGUGAAUAUAGUACGACCAUUUAUGGUGAGGGCCUUGCAGGCCUUCUAUAAGCACGACAGCCCGCAAGUGAUUCAGCAAUCAGAACCAAUGGGUACCAGACGACCUCAGGCAGUUGACCGCGGCCCACGACGAGAUCUGCGCCCCCGUUAAAAGUUUUAAGAGUUUCUCUUCGUGCUUCUACGAAAUUGCUGAUAAUAUUCCAACCCAGCUGAGAUUUUUCAUUUGGUAAAAUAAACAUUUAUGCGGAUUGUACAGGUACUGUUCUAUUCUUUAUUUCUUCUCUUGGCAAUCAAAUUGUACUCGAAAGCGUUGUUGUAGUACAGUGGUAGAGCCUUUUCGCAGCUUGGUAUAUUUCCAAAUUUCUUUUGCAAUAUUUCUAUCUUUUUUAAACACA